AUGGCAGUUUCCGAUGCAGCGUCGCUCGUGGCAGCUGCGGCUCGUGCUGCCUGCGAGGCUCGAGCACCUCGACGGACAGUUGCUGCGGUUGCGGCCGCUGCAGUGUCGGCUGCUGCUGGCACUGCGGCGCCUAGCCAGCAGCGACGGCCCCGGGUGAUUGAGUCCGCUCCUGCUGAGGAGGAGGCCCGGCGCGAGGCCAUCAAGGCUAAGCGCCGUAGGAGGCGCCAGCGCAAGAAGGAAGCCAGGGCAGCGGCUGCACUUGACAAGGGCGACGGGGCAGAAGCUGGCGAUAUGGAGACGGAGAGGACGGGGGACACUGCUACGUUUGGAGCUGGGGACGCUCAGACGGCUGCUGGAGAGGUCACGCCACCAAGGAGGAGCAAAGUGCCGGCUGUUUUCGAAAAGGGCCACACAGGACUCACGCCUCCGUGCAAGAGACACUGUGGGGUCCCGACCGAGGAGACUGGCGCCGAACCGGAGGACGCGAGUGUGGACAGCGAUGGUGCCGAAUCUGGUAUCACCAUCUACACCGAAUCGGAGGGGGGAUCGGCCCACCCGUUGUGGUCGCCUUCCAUGAAGAUUGGGCGUAGCGAAGCUCUGCGAAGAUGGGAAGAACACAAGCAGAUGAAGCGAGGCGAGGUCCCCAAGCUGCCCGCUGGAGGCUCCGGGCCUUCCAGCUGA